AUGGUGGAAUCGGGCACCAUCAGCCGGACGAGCCCGGGCUCGGCGUCGAUCGUGGCCACCAGUGCUGGCGUCCGGAGCGGCAUUCUGGAGACGCGGGUGCGCGGGGCCUGGUAUCGGGUGUCGGUCAGCCUCGAGACGGAGUACAUUUCGGUCAGUCUGGACGAAACCUGUGAACCGAUCGACCAUUCCACGACGCUAAACGGCACGCUAGGGAGCAACCACAGUGGCAACAAUGGCUCGAACAAUUCCUCCCAGCCGUCGUCGGCCGGCGCGUCCGGUCCGUCGAUCCACUCGUCGGAAAAUCUAAACGGUGCCACAACGCCCCUCACGGCCAACGGGAGCGUCAGCCUGCCGAACGGUGGCCCCGGCGGUGGCCCGGGCGGUGGUGGUGGUGGUGGGGCUGCCGGAGGCGUCGGUGGCGAUAAUUUCCUCAAUAACAACAACAAUGGUAGCGGCACCGGAACCACCACGAACACCACGACCACCAGCAGCAGCAACGGGAGCGGCGGGGGCAUCACCAGCAACGGAACGAACGGCAACACACACAGCGGCGGUCCGGUUGGCACCAACAACAACCACAACAGCAACAACAACAGCAUCGACAAUGGCAUCGCCGAGAUCUGCGAUGUGCCCGACUCGGUGGCGAACCAGAAGCGACACGUGCGAGUCAUCAAAUCGGACAACAACGGUCUCGGCAUUUCGAUCAAGGGCGGGCGCGAGAACCGGAUGCCGAUACUGAUCUCGAAAAUCUUCCGCGGCAUGGCGGCGGACAACGCGAAGGGUCUGUACGUCGGUGACGCCAUCCUGUCGGUCAACGGCGAGGAUUUGCGCGACGCGACGCACGAGGAGGCGGUGCGGGCACUGAAGCGGGCCGGACGUGUCGUCGAUCUUGAAGUGAAAUUCCUGCGCGAAGUGACACCGUACUUCCGGAAGGCGAGCAUCAUCUCCGAGGUGGGCUGGGAGUUGCAGCGCGCGUUCCUGUGUCCACUCGGCCCAAGUGCUUCGUCCCCGCCCGGCGUUGCGCCCCGAAGCCCGCCCCGUGCCGACACCCGCUACAUCCCGCUGCAGCUGACCCAUCUGGCCCGCAACCUGAAGUACCACGAUCCCGAAAACCGCUGCAUAGAGCUGCAUUCGCCGGACGGCAUCCACUCGUGCAUCCUGCGGGCGAUGGAUCCGCAGGAGGCGACCACAUGGUUCAACGCGCUGCACUCCGCCAUCGGCAAGAGCACCCAGAAGGCGCUGCUCGAUGCGAACCGGGCCUUGCUGGCGAUCAUCGGCGAGCUGAAGCACAUCGGUUGGCUGAGCCGGCGGAGCGGAGGUGAACAGAAUGGACGUUCCAGUUCGGAGAGCUCCGACGAGCUGGACAAAUGGCAAUCGAUUUUCGUUGCAGUAACCGAUCGUGAACUACGCCUGUAUGAGAGCGCCCCGUGGUCCGUGGAAGCUUGGAGUAGACCGUUCGAGAGCUGUCCGCUGGUGGCCACUCGGCUGGCCGGUGCAGGCAACACCUCAACCGUGGGUUCCAACUCGAGUACACACUCGAGCGUGUUCUGCAUCCGGUGCGGUACGACACGGGGCGUCGUUAGCCAUUGGUUGCGCUCGGAGACGAACCGGGAUAUGGCGGCGUGGGCCCGGGUGCUGGUGCAGGGCUGCCAUAAUGCCAUCGUCUGCCAGCGAGAGUUUUCUUUCCGAUGUCUGUUUCAGGGACGGCCAUGUCAAUUAAUUGUGCACCUGGACCGUGGAUUCACGCUGCUGGACAGUGGGCUCGGGCCGGCCUCGAAAGCCCUCUGGUCGUUUCCGUUCGACAAACUGAAAGGUUCGGCAGACGACGGCAUCAAGCUGCUGUUCCUGGACUUUUCCGGCACGGAGGAGGGCGCCGAGCUGGAGCUGGACAUGGAGUGUUGUCCCAAGCCGGUUGUGUUCGUGCUGCAUAACUGCCUGUCGGCCAAAGUUCACUCGCUAGCAUAA